AUGGACGGGGUGAAGCUGUUCGGCAAGACACUGCAGAUAAAACCAAAAAAUGGUAGUGAGCAGGACAUUUCGCCAAAAGUGAUUGGCAGGACGCCAAGACGGCUGCGCGGGGGACGGGCGCGAUUUGAGCGGCAGUGCUCAGAUUUGGCGAAAUGUCCUCAUACCCUGUGGCAGCAAAGAUCGGAACGCCGAUGGAAACGUAUGUUUGCCGAUAACCAGGAGCGGCUGAUUCGCCAAAACUCGUUUGGCGGAAUGGCCCUCUCGCCUUCGACGAAUUAUCAAACACCGCCCCCGUCCGCGUCGUCGUACGGCGGCCGCUCUAUUUCGUCGUCUUCGUCGUCUGUUGCCUCUCCGACUGCGUUAUCUCUAGCGUCAUCUCUGGCAUCUCUGUCGGGCGAUCCACACAUGCUGAUGCAACUCCAAGGCCAAGGGCAGUUCCUGCCUCCGGGCCUGGCUCAUCACGGCUCUGAUCCUCUCCCGCGUCCGUCC